AUGGGCCGAAUGAGAAAAAUCUGGCGCAUCGAGCACAAGCACAAGGUGUUCGACUAUUGGGCACCGAAAUAUUUGUUGAAAUGUUGUUGCUGCUACAGUAUGCAUAUUAAACACGCCAGCUGCCUCGUGCUCGUCGUGCAGAUUUUGCUCAUCUUUUUCCAUAUAGGACUGGUGCUCACGCGAUCGCUCGAUGUGUGGAAGUACAUUUUCGUACCGAUGGAGGUGCUGAGCGCUGUUGUUUUGCUUUGUGGCCUGAUUUUGGAGCAGAAAAACGCGCUGAUGCCAUUUUUAUUCUUGGUGGGCAUGAAAAUCUUCAUGAUCGGCAUGAACACAUACGAGCAUAUCGAGGCCAUGUUCGACUGGAGUUCUGACAAAAUGAGGGAGUGGCGACAGGAGCUCGAAGAUGAUCACAACCCUUACUAUAAUAAUAGAAAGCUGGUCCGUGUCUUCUACGGCCUGCGGAUACUGUUCGACUACGGUACCGCCAUCCUGUGUUACCUCGUCUUUUUCUAUAUCGUUUGGCGAUGCCGUCGAUACUUUGCCGACCUGGCCCACGUUGACGACGAGGAGGUCGAGGCGAACGAGGUCGAAAACGAGAAAAAUGUGGUU